AAUAAAAGGGUCAGAGAUAAUAUGCGAUUGCAGGAUUUGACACAGAUGGAACUUUGUAAUCAUGUUUUUGUGUGUUGUGUGAUGUGGACUGAAAGAGUGUUGUGUUCCACAAAUACCGAUCAAUCAAACACAAUGAAACAACUUUCCUAACACCUUAACAAUGGCGCAAUCCGGUGACGGCAGAGGACCACCAAAUAUUAGCAGCAGAUUUGGAGUGCCGUUUGCAAUGUUUGGACAUAGACAGGCACAUCACGGUUUAUUAAUGACGCAUUCCGUAACGCCACUGGGGGCCACAACAAGUACACCUCGACUUAUCCGAGAAAACUUGCGUUCUGUAUAUGCUGAGCUGACACGUACAGCUCAAGAAGGUGGCCUGUCAUCAUGGCUCCAUGGUCCUGGUGAUAAUGGUGAAGGAGUCAGUGCUAUUCAGCAAAGACCACAGCCAGUAGUACAAAAUGAUCCCACGAACUCAACAGACAGUAUUGCAAUUUCCAUUGAUGUAGGUACUCCAAAUGCAAGUCAUAUUGGCAGUGAACAGAACAUCCCAGAGACUGGUGGCCAUGUCCACACCCACAUAAAUAGUGGAAAUAAUAACAACAACAACAAUAAUAAUAAUAUUGAUGAAGGGCCUGCUGAAAUAUUGCGACAGAGUCCAGAAACAAGAGAGUUCCUAUCCAUUCUACAAAAAUACAUUCCAUUUGUCCUGAUACUCUGCGCAAAAGGAUUAUAUGAUCAUCGAGCAGGCAUUCUUAUAUUUCUGGCCUUAUCAAUAACGGCAUGCUAUAGCAACACUGUUCUAAGGAGAGAAAUUGGGAAACAAUCUCGCCGUAGCCUUGGCACUCUUGGUCUCGUUGUAACAAACUUACUUGUUUGUAUCCUUGGAUUGUAUUAUUUCUUUGAGGACCAAAAGCUCUAUCUCAGUUUGGUGUUCAUACCUCCCUACUCUCAGCCUCUGAGUAUGUGGGAUCUGCUUUGGAUAGUGGGUAUCACUGACUUUGUGCUGAAGCUUGCAACAAUAAUAUUCAAAGUGUUAAUUGCAGCAUUGCCAGCAUUUGCAGUUCCGUAUCAGAGGAGAGGAAAAUAUUAUCUAUUUGUGGAAGCAACAUCACAACUUUACCGUUGUUUGGCACCUAUCCAGCCGUGGCUGUACUAUCUUCUGGAAUCUUAUCAGGGUCCAGAAAAAGUUGUAGGUGUCUUCCUGUCUGCUGCAUAUAUGGUUUCAAAGGGCACAGAUCUUAUGGUGAAAGUCCGCCUGUGGAGAGCUGCCUUCUGGAAGCUGUUGCAGAAUGUGAAUCUUGGUAUGAGCCCCAGCAAGGAACAGCUACAGUCAGCAGGAGGGCAGUGUCCCAUCUGCCAUGAUAAUUACGCCGAGCCCGUUCUUCUCCAGUGCCGACAUAUCUUCUGUGAGGCUUGUGUUUCUACUUGGUUUGAUCGUGAGCAGACAUGUCCUCUGUGUCGUGCGCGUGUUGUUGAUGAUCCUGCCUGGCGUGAUGGGUCCACUGCCCUAUUUGUCCAGUUGUACUGAAACUGUUGAAGGACACACACACACACACACACACACACACACACACACACACACUUCAUUUUUUAUCACUGUCUGUCAUUCUAAAGGAAUUUGUUAGCAUUUUAGCUAGAAUAUAUUUUCAACAUUUUACCCCAUCUUUGUUAUGCACAGCAUACUUUUUACCAAAACAUAACUCAUUGUCGUAAACAGCGAAGGUAAAUAUGUUACUUGCAAGUUUUUGAGUUUUAUGUACCCAAAAGAAAUAUUUAUUAUGUUAAAAAUUAUUGUUGGUGUAAGAUGUUUUAUAUCACCACAUAGCUAUUUAAAAAAAAGAAAAAAGAAAAAGAAAGCUCUACUCAAUUGUGAAUAAUUGGAUUGUGUAACAGCAGCUGCAAUACUUUGAAUUUCUUUUCACAGAAAUUCACUGUUUGCACGGAACCCCACAAUGUUUGAUAAUGUUGAGAAAGAAGAAAAGAAAAUGUAAGACUUUUAAUCUUAUCAGCAUUACUUACUGCAAGUGUACAUUGUUUAAAAUGACUACUGAUUAAUCAGACCUCUUACAGAGACUAUGAAGAGGCAUAAACCUGUUAAAACUAUGGGCACUGCUGAAAUGAAUCCACCAUUGGCUGUAUCCUCUUAUCAUCAAAACUCUGUCACAGUAUGGGUUUUAAAACUUUCUGUUACAGUAGGAGAAUAAUUAAGUGUAAUAUCAUUAUCCAGGUAAAGGAGAAAGUAUGUGUGUUGGAGCACUUUAUAUGAUAAACUAUUGGAACUGUGAUAAAGAUAUAGUGAGAGACUUAGUAAGUGUGGACAUUUGUGGUUAUUCCUGCCCUUGAAAUCAGUUUAUUAUUGUCCAUUAUUUUCUUUACAGAGAGAUCUGUGAUAGAUCAUUCUAUUGCUUAAAAUAUUUUUACUUUUGACGUACAGAUUUUAACUUUUAUCAGAGUAACUAUAAUUUUAGAAGGUUUUUGUUACAUUUUGAAAACUCAUUUGAACAGUACUGCGAAUAAAGUAUUGAAAAUUUUGUAGAACAUAACUUUAGUCUAAUACAUUGCUCAGUUCACUUAUGAUAUGGGAGUGACAGAUACCAGAAUCUAUUUGCUUUCAUUUAAUCAGUUAUUGUGUUGUAAAUUUCACGUACCUUUUUAUUGUGAUGAGAAACAUUGUCUGAGUGACCACAUGCUGAAUAUAUAUGUUUUUAAACCAACUGGAAUAAAAGUGACAGAAAAGACUGCUUCUCCAGAAUUUAUAUUUGUUCUGUUACUUUAACAUUAAACACUUUCCAGUUUUAUUUAUGGGAGCACUUGGGACUAAGUUAUUUAGUUUAAUGUUUGAGAGAAUUGCAGUUUUGUGCCAGUUGUAGAACAUCUGUAACAUAUUGAGAGUUUUUUUUCCCACAUUACAGUGACAUAAAGGAGGAAGUAAAACUUGGUUGUCGGAACUGUAAGAGAUGUUUUUACUGAUUUGAGUGAUGUAUAAUUGUAUUAAUGUUGCCUGUAAUUCCAUAAUGAGCAAUAUUAAACAUACUAUUAUUAUUGUGUUUUU